AUGGGUCUCUCACCGACUGCCUAUUUAGCUGAUUUAUCAGUUAGUAUUCCACUGAACAUAAACAAGCCUUCAUGGGAAAUCCAUGUCUUGUUGGAGCAAAAGUGUGCUAUUUUAAGGGUUCAUCACGCGUUGGGAGAUGGGAUUUCUUUGAUGACAUUGCUCUUGGCGAUCUGCAGGAAAGCAAGUGAGCCCGAGGCCAUGCCUACUUUGGUAACUGGGAGGAGGGAUUGUGGGAAGGAAGGGAAACGACAGGAUGGGAGAGGGUUUCUUUUGGGAGUUCUAAAGAUGGUUUGGUUUAGUUUGGCUUUUUGCUUAGUAUAUGUAUUGAGAGUUUUGUGGGUUAGUGACAGGAAGACUGCGAUUUCUGGUGGUGAUGGAGUGGAGCUGUGGCCGAGGAAACUGGCCACCGCUAAGUUUCUGAUCGAGGACAUGAAGAAUGUGAAAAGAGUUGUUUCUAGUGCGGCUCUUUCGGUAUCAUUUGCGCAACCUUUUGCAGUGGUGUCAAGACUGUUUUGGUGGACUCUUUCUGAUGGUGGGGCGAUGUCCAAGGCGAAGCAACUGUGA